AUGGUGGUGGUGGGAGCUGGGGUAAUUGUGAAUACGAAGGUCAUGAAUAUGGGGGUUACUACUGGUGUUGCGAAGAAGCGGAGGCUGGGGACGGAGCAGGUGCGGGCGCUGGAGCGGAGCUUCGAGGAGGAGAACAAGCUGGGGCCGGAGCGGAAGGCGCAGCUGGCCCGGGACCUGGGCCUGCAGCCGCGCCAGGUCGCCGUCUGGUUCCAGAACCGCCGCGCCCGCUGGAAGGCCAAGCAGCUCGACCACGACUACGCCGCCCUCCGCUCCCGCCACGACGCCCUCCGCCUCCAGUGCGACGCCCUCCGCCGCGACAAGGACGCCCUCGCCGCCGAGGUCCCCUCAUAUCUCUAUCUAUAUCUAGCUAAAAGCCCGGCUGGGGAAUUCGGAGAUGGUUGUGAAGCUGGAGAAAUCGGAGGCGGCCGACGAUCGGCUGCUGGGACAGGCUACACGGCUACAGGAACCGCUAGCGGCNGGCUGCUGGCGGCGAUCGCCAAGGACAUCGGCACAUCGGACAGCGACUCGAGCGCCGUGUUCAACGAAGACACCAGCCCGUAUUCGGCAGCGGCUUCGGACCCGCAAUGCUUCAGUCUCGAGUUCAGCUCAUACUUCGCCUCCUCUUCUUCUCAUCCUACUCCUUUCUUUGAUAACAAGAUCCAACUGCACAAAACGUUCCUGGAGGAAGCGCUUCUCGACGAAGCUGAGCUUCACAGCCUCUCUUGGUACUGCACUGGGGAGUGGAAUUGA